GACGUUCCAGUCUGCUAAGGAUAAGGUCGUGGAGAAGGCUCCCUCCCCGCGUGCUGCUCUCAAGUUGUUGAGAACGGCUGCGCAGUCAUAUGCUGGCGUGAUCCCCGGCGCUAAGGGCGUCGUUGAUGGUGUUUUUGACAAGGUUGACGAGUUGAGCGAGAAGCAUGAAGUUGUACGCGAAGGGCGUUUCUGAGGAUACCGCUUCUCAGGCAUUCGAGUUGAUCCAGGAGAAGUUGAGUCAGAUUUACGAGUUGGCUGGUGAGGCUGGUCAGGAUGUCUUCGGACCUUUGUUGAAGGAGCACCCCGAACUCAAGGCUGGUGUCGAAGGCGGUUUGAGCCAGCUCCGCUCCCUUUCCGAGAAGGCUGGACCUGAGGCUAAGAAGAUUGUCGAUGAGACAUACUCUGAGUUGAAGGAUCUCGUUGGUAAGGGCGUUACCCCCGCCUCCAUCGCCUCUGCUGUCGCGUUGAUCGCGAGACAAGUUUCCAAGGCGAAGGAGCUCGCUCCUGACGCUCUGGACGCCGACAAACUCUGGCAACAAGCGCAGGAGAAGGCAAAGCCCUACCUUGAGAAAGUCCCCGAUUUGAAGAAGUUGCUCGACGAUAACGCCGAGACCAUCAAGGCUGUCGGUGGCCCCGACGCCGAGAAGCUCGUGCAGGAGAUCUAUGCCAAGGCCGAAGAGAUCUCCAAGAAGGGCUUGAACAAAGACUCCAUCUCAGACCUCCAAUCCUUCAGAGAAGAAGUAAGCGAGAAUAUCAUAUGGGUGGUAUGUACGAUAGCAUUUGCGCAUGCAUGUGAAAUAGGAUAGCCGCGGGACGGGUCCCUGAUACCAUAAUACCGAGUUUUGUCAAACUACGUCU